AGCAGACACUGGGUACUAGGCAAGCACCAUACUGGAUGGAGAUUGGGAAGACGAUUGAAAUGAUUCAUAAGCAGAUCAUGGCUCGGCACCAACGUCCUCCACUCUUGGUCUCCUUUAUCAGUUGUAGGUGGUGAUGCUUGCAGUAAAGCCGACCCUGAUGUGCAAUGUAGUUGGAGGGGCUGAUCAGGCAACCUCUAUGGCUGCAUCUGAAACAGCUCUUGUGGUGGUAUGGGCUUCCAUUCACGUUGGAUGGAACAUCCAUCGGUUUAUCUGGUUUCACAGCUUUUGGUGUCCCUGCAAGUCAAAGGGCAUGAGAUUAGAUUCAUCCGAAACUGAUAGCCUUCUCCUUCUGGUACCACAAAGAUCUCUCUACCUUAAAAGCUUUGUCCAGACUACCAGUUCUUUUGUAGAGUUGAUCAAAAUGUGGCCUGCAGCAGAGCACCACCCCAUCAAAGGAAUUGUAGUUGCCAAGCUAUAGAAAUUGUAUAGAGUAAUAGCUGAAAGGUCUUAUUUGAUAUGGCAAAAUCAGGAGGAGAGAUCUAAUUAAGUUGUACCUUAAGUGUGCCUUUGCAGUGAUGGCAUCGAAACAGGCUUUUUGGUAAAUCCGCGGUUAUCGGCAGUUAGCUUGUUGACGAGGUAGACAGUCUUGUCACAAGCCAUGCAUCUCAGGGUUGUUCCUGGAAAUGCCGUUCUUGCAAGGGGCUUGACAAAACUCUCUCUCUCUCUCUCUCUCGUUCUGGGUUUCUUGGUGUGAGAAAGAAGCCAAUGGCAUGGAAUCUGUGUCCUAGAGUGGAGGAGAAGAUAAUUAAGGAGAGGGUGAGAUGGAGAAAUGUGGAGGCCAGUGGUGGCCACUUUGAGACAAAUCAUUUUUAUUGCUUUGGUAGGCCUGGAAGGACUUAAUAAAGGAGGUAUCUUCGCUAAUUAAUAGAGAUGAAUUAUGGGGAUGGAUGGCUGCAUGCUUGCAUAAAGAGUCUUAUAUAUAAUUGUUGCUUGCAAAUUAAGUCUUGGAAGCCCAGUUUGAUAAAUGAAUGGUAGCAUGUUGUUGCUAAGUUAAA